ACAACACGGACUGUAUUUAGCCGUUUGCCUUCACUGAGACCAACGAGGGCUGACAUCCUCAUCAAAAGUGGAGUGGAGAUUUUGAAUCAGUGAGUGGAUUCUUUUUGGUACUAACAAAUCAUUUGGACAGGAUCUAGUACAGUGGAGGACCUUCUUACUUUUGAAUUAUCUUGGCUUUGGCUGCAAGCAGCCACUUGAUCUUUGAGAUCAUUUGGCUUUUUCUUCUCUGCUGGGCUUUGAGUUGUUGGAAGCUUGUUCCAGUCCAGACUCACAGGAUUUCCACAGCCUUACUAGGAUUCAAACAUAGCUCCAUUCCUGUGCGUACACUGAAGCUAGUCGGUGACCCUUAAACAGAAGGAGGAGAACGGGGAACGAUGUGGAUCCCAACCCCUAGCAUGACUGUCCCUCAGCGAGCGGUGCUUUACGGGACGUGUGCUGUGGUACUGGUGAACUCAGUGGGCCUCAUGGUGCUCCUAAUUCAGCAAAACAAGCAAGGGGUUCGGCUGGAUCAGACUGAGGCGAGGCUGGCUGAGGUGGAGCAGAGCUCUGUGGUGGAGCUCCUCCAGGAGGUGCCCAGAAGAGGAACAGGGAUGGGGGAACUCAUGGAGAAGCAGCACCAGUACCAGUAUCAGUACACCAGCUCCAGGAACAAGAGAAGUCAGGAGCUGGAGAAAGAGCUGGAGAAGGGGUUAAAGCAAGAGGUGAAAGAGCUGACCCAUGAGGAGGAAUGGGAGCCCCAUCAGGAGACAAGCCAGGAGAUGGGAGAGGAGACUGGGAUGAAGAUGGGGCAUAAACUGAGACACAAGCACCGGCACUUUCAGAAUUCCCAUAAGACAGAAGUGCAGGACGAUAUGUUGACGAUGGUGACCUACUCCAUGGUCCCGAUCAAGCUGUUAAUUGAUAUCUGCAACAGCACUAAGGGAGUCUGCAUAGCAGGACCCCCAGGACCUCCUGGUUUGCCUGGUCAGGAUGGUAUGCCUGGAUACAAUGGUACUGAUGGCACUCCAGGAGUGAAUGGACUGCCUGGGGUGGAUGGCAAACGAGGAAAACGAGGUGAGAAAGGAGAGCCAGGAGAGAAAGGAGAAAGAGGAGAGCCAGGUCCCCCUGGAGAGAAGGCCCAGCCAUCCAAUGAUGUCAUUCUAGAAGGUCCUCCAGGUCCUCCUGGGCCGCCAGGACCUCCUGGCCCACUGGGCCCUCCAGGACCUCCUGGGCCCCAGGGACCACCAAGAAAUAGGAACCAUAGAGCUCACCAUGUUGCCGAGACCCUUGGGCCCUUGCAAGCGGUUCCAAAUGAUGAAAUCACAUUGGCAAAGGAGAGUCAGAAACUGCAAGUAAUGCCAUCAAAAAAGAAAGAGUGUCUGAUCAAGUCCCUGAUCAACCCUAGAGAUGUGACCAAAAUGGAUAAUACAUUCGGCUCAUGGAUGAAAGACACUGCUCUACUGAAUGAUGAACGCAUAUGGGUGGCAGAGCACUUCUCUGGUCGUGAAGUGAAGGAGUAUAAAAACAUUGCCUCCUUUCAGAACAACAGCUACAUCAACAUAGAUGUCAGGAAGUUCUAUCAUGGCUGUGGCCACACAGUUCAUAAUGGUUCCUUCUACUAUCACAUCGCUGGUACUUCAACUAUUGGCAGAUUUAACCUGCAGUCCAGAAGGCUUCACUCCCUCUUCAUAGAUAAUGCUUUGUACCACAGUCUCUCCUACCUGCUCUACAACUCCAAGACCUACUUCAAACUGGCUGGAGAUGAAAAUGGGCUGUGGUUGAUAUUUGCCUCCAGUCUGGAUGGCAGUAUAAUGGUGGCCCAGUUGGACCAAAAGACUUUCUCCGUCACGUCCUACAUGAACACCACUUACCCCCGCAACAAGGCUGGCAACGCCUUCAUCGCCUGUGGGGUCUUAUAUGUCACAGACACCAAAGACACCAGAGUCACUUUUGCCUACGACCUGUUGAAAGGCAAGCCGGUCAAUGUAACCUUUGACCUGAGGUUGCCGGGAGGUGUGCUUGCCAUGCUCUCUUACAGCCCCAAGGAUAGACAUCUGUAUGUAUGGGACAGCAGCUACGUUAGGCUGUACGUGGUCCACUUCAUUUCUGACGACUGACCUUCGGCUUUUACAUAAACUAUGAUGAUGGGUGACUAGCACUCAGAGAUAUGACUACAACUCUGUCUUAUUUUGUUCCAUUUCAGAGGGAUCGAGGUCCUGCUAGCCACUGAAUAUUCACUUAUAUCUUUGUAAGCUGGUCAUAUUUAGAUGUCCUCUGUAAGACUCAAUACUACAGGACUCAACUAUUUGAGGACUCAAACAUGGCAGCAAAAAUGCAUAAUCAAGUCGUUUAUUUGUAUAGCCCAAUAUAAGUUCAUGAAGAUCACCCCCCCCCCCCUUAAGGAGGGAAAACUCAAUCUGCUUGUUGAUUGUUGUGUUACGGUGUCGAAAGUAAAUAUUUGUGGUGUAUUUAUUUCCUGUUUCAACUGUAUAAGAGGCUAUGGAAUUACUAACAGUAUGAAAAAGAUUUGUGCUUUUUUUUAUCAAUCACUUGUGUUAGUUGAAUUUAUAUAUUAACUUUCAAUGCCUCUUUUGUUGCAUAUUUUCCUUGUUUCAAAUGUAACUGCAUGCCAAUUAUUUGAAAUUCCUGUUUUAUAUACAGUUUCCAAUGCCUUCCCUAUCUUCUGCUGCUCAUGUAUAUAUAUAUUGUCUGUUUUUCUGGUUAAGCAGCAUGGUCACUGGUCAACAAUAAUUACUACAAAAUGAAAAGAAAAAAAGGAGCAGCAUAAAAUCACCCCGAUGAAAUAAAAAGAAUUUAUUCACUUUACAAAGGUAAAACUCUGACCAUGGUAGAAUACCCUGUUCUCUCUCACACACCUCCAGACUCAAGUGCCCAAUUAAGUGUCUCCCCAUGCAGUUGGCUUCAUUAUUUGGAUUGGGUACACACACACACACACACACACACACACACACACACAUACACUAACACACACACACACACACGCACACGCAUGCAUGCACACCCACACACAAGGCAGACUUCAGUAGGACCAUUUGUGAAACACUUAGAUGCAUACAGUAAACAUGGUGGGCAGGAGGGAGAGAAACACAAAUCUCUUUAAUAAAUACCAUACACACACUUAACAAAGAUUACAACUAAUCCAGCUGGUAUGAUACAAACCAAAAAUAAAUAAAACGCUUUUAUGUUUGUACAAGCUGUUGUGAUAUUUCAUAUAUCUAUAUAUAUAUAUUUAUAUAUAAUUCAUAUAUUAAAACUAUUUCAAACUUUUUUUCAACUACUAGGCCAAAUAAAGCCAGACAUUCAUUUGUAUAUAACAGUUUUGUCUUUGAUAGCCUAUUCAAUUGAAAUAAAACUUUUAUAGUGUCUCCAGAUUUUGAGUGCAAAUAUCUAUUUCUUAUGGAUAAAACAGUAAAAACAACUAGCGAGGUAAAACGCACACCUACAUACAGUAUACCAUGUUGCACUAUCUCCGAGUCUGAUACAGUAUGACCCCUUACAUUCCUAACAUAAAAGGCAAUAAGUUAACAUAAAUAUCAAUUUUACAAAGGAAUUACUGACCAAACAAACAAACAAACACAAACAUAUAA